CAGCCAGAAGGCAAAGUGACUGUUGCUGCUGGUGCCUCUCCUCUCUCGGAGCCAUGGCCGCUCAGUGUGAUUCCCUGGCCGGAUACUUGCUGCAAGCUCAGCCGCUGGCAGAGCCCGGAGCCACCGACCCCGGCUCCAACAGCGAGAGAAGUACCGACUCCCCGCUAGCCGCCUCUGAGGACGAUGGCCAGAGCCUCCCGCAUCCCACUGACCCGGACUGGCUAGAGGAGAGGUUCAGGGUGGACCGUAAGAAGCUGGAGGCGAUGCUACAAGCUGCUGCUGAAGGGAAAGGCAAAAGCGGUGAAGACUUCUUCCAGAAGAUUAUGGAGGAAACAAACACACAAAUAGCCUGGCCGUCAAAACUGAAGAUUGGAGCAAAGUCGAAGAAAGAUCCCCACAUCAAAGUUGGUGGGAAGAAAGAAAAUGUGAAGGAAGCAAAAGAAAAGAUCAUGUCUGUUCUAGACACAAAGAGUAAUCGGGUGACCCUGAAGAUGGAUGUGUCGCACACAGAACACUCCCAUGUAAUAGGCAAAGGCGGAAACAACAUCAAAAAAGUCAUGGAGGAGACGGGCUGUCAUAUUCACUUUCCUGACUCAAACAGGAACAACCAGACAGAGAAAAGUAAUCAGGUCUCCAUAGCAGGACAGCCAUCGGGUGUAGAAGCUGCCAGAGGUCGUAUUAGAGAGCUGCUCCCUCUGGUGAUGAUGUUCGAUCUGCCUAUUGCAGGCAUUUUGCAGCCAAUUCCAGACCCCAACUCGCCCACAAUCCAGCACCUAUCCCAAACCUAUAACAUCUCCAUAUCCUUCAAACAGAGGUCACGUAUGUAUGGUGCCACAGUCAUUAUUCGAGGGUCCCAAAGCAAUGCUGCAGCAGUGAAGGAAGGGACUGCCAUGCUGUUGGAGCAUCUUGCUGGUGGUCUGGGCAGCGCCAUCCCUGUCAGCACCCAACUAGACAUUGCACCUCAACACCAUCUCUUCAUGAUGGGUCGCAACGGCAAUAAUAUUAAGCACAUAAUGCAGCGAGCUGGAGCCCAGAUCCACUUCCCUGACCCCAGCAGCCCCCAGAAGAAGUCCACAGUCUACCUCCAGGGCACCAUCGAGUCUGUCUGUCUAGCUAGACAAUACCUCAUGGGUUGUCUCCCUCUUGUGUUAAUGUUCGAUAUGAAGGAGGACAUUGAGGUUGAACCACAGCAAAUCACUCAAUUGAUGGAGCAGCUGGAUGUCUUCAUUAGCAUCAAGCCAAAGCCCAAACAGCCCAGCAAGUCAGUGAUUGUGAAAAGUGUGGAAAGGAAUGCAGCAAAUAUGUAUGAAGCAAGGAAGUGCCUGCUGGGUUUGGAAAACAGCGGUGUUACAAUGACAACGAGUGCACCCUCAGCAGUUACUUGUCCCAUAGGACUAUCCUGUCAUGGACUUGACAUCCUUGCUUCAGCUGGACUUGGCCUUGCUGGAUUAGGUUUCUCCACUGUGUCACCCUUGAUGAUUCCACCAACAACACAAGCGACCUUAACCAGUAUCUUACUGUCAGGCCUCCAUGGGUAUGGCCAGGGCACACCAUCGCCACCACCUGGUCUGGCACCCAUGGACAUCCAGAUCAGCACUUUAUCUCAGGAGAGUGAUAAGACAGCAACUUCUUGCAUCAACGGCCAUGUUAAGCCUUCCAGUGCUAUUUAUACACGAAUUUCAAACCCCUGCCUAGCAGAUAAAGUAUUGAGCAGUAACCACUCUGAGGUACCUCGAGAGAAUGCAAUCAACUCCCAGGAGCAGUUGACCAGCAAGUCCAAUCCAGCCGAAGGUUCCAACGAUGCCUUUGUGGAAGUGGGCAUGCCCAGGAGCCCUUCACACUCAGCUAACAGCAGUGAACUAAAGCAGAUGCUGAAUAGCUCCUCCACACCCGUGACUAAACGACAGACCUUGGAGUUACUACAGGGCACCAAGAAUACCCAUCGACAUACUUCAGACAGACUGCUUUCAGAUUCUGACUCCAGUGCCACCGAGGGCAGUGCCACCGACAAGCGAGCCCCUGGGAGUGAGCGAGCUGCGGAGAGAGCCGCUGCUGCCCAACAGAACUCUGAGCGACUGCGUCUUGCUCCACAGUCGGCAUAUGCCAACAUUCAGGCUUUUGACUACGAACAGAAGAAGCUGCUGGCAACCAAAGCCAUGUUGAAAAAGCCAGUGGUGACUGAAGUAAGGACCCCGACAAAUACGUGGAGCGGUCUAGGGUUCUCCAAAUCGAUGCCUGCAGAAACAAUCAAGGAGUUGAGACGAACCAAUCACGUGUCCUACAAACCCACCAUGUCAACGACAUAUGAGUCAACGUCACCGGUGUCGCUUUCAAGAUCGAACAGUCGGGAGUAUAUUGGGGGCGGCAGUGAUUCCGAUAACUGGAGAGAUCGGAAUGGUUCUCACAGUGAAUUCCCAUCUUCCAUCAACAGCCCUAAGCAAAAAAAUAACCCAUCUGAGCACUACUUAACCAGCAGUAACUAUAUGGACUGCAUCUCCUCUCUGAUGGGGAGCAAUGGCUGCACGCUGAAUAACUCCUUCAAAGGUUCAGAGCUGCCAGAACUCUUCAGUAAACUCGGGUUAGGCAAAUACACAGAUAUCUUCCAGCAGCAAGAGAUUGACCUUCAGACAUUCCUCACUCUGACUGACCAGGACUUGAAGGAGCUCGGAAUUUCCACGUUUGGUGCCAGGAGGAAAAUGCUGCUUGCAAUUUCAGAAUUGAACAAAAACUGUCGAAAACCCUUUGAGCCUCCAAGUAUUCGCUCAGCAUUUCUAGAAGGUGGAGCAAGUGGUCGGUUGCCACGGCAGUAUCACUCCGACAUAGCCAGCAUCAGUGGUCGCUGGUAGCAGUGAACUGGAAUGUGCUUGGCCGUAGCUGGCAUGGAAAAACAGCUGAUGGAAGCUAGCACAGACUUUCGUGCCACAUUAACCCUGUGGAAAGCAUUUACUGCACAGAGCCCUCGCUGUUUCCAGAGUUUGGAUUACAAAGACCAAAGCUGUCUUGAUUUCAUGCGAACAAUUGUGCCAAAAAUGAAGAGAAAAAUGGACCUAUCCAUGCCAUUCCGUAGUUGCCUUAUGCUGUUUCACCAAAUAUGGUACUGAAUCUAUAUGCAGAUCAGAGAACAACAAGACCAUUAACACUAGUUUUCUUGCCUAAUUUUAUUUAUUAGCUAACAAAAACUUAAAUGAUGCACUGAAAUGUUAGUUUCUAUGGCAGAAUUAAACUCGCACCACUAACCUAUGUGCAUCAUGUGUAUAGUUUGUACUGAGAGGGGAAGAUGUGUUGUACUGCUGAGUAAAGAGACUUAAAUGUAAUUGCCUCUGCACUUUACAUGUCCUGGUUUCCUAGACCUGUGGAAAUGUGUUUGUGUUCUCUCUGAUCUUCAUAUAUUAUAAAUCUGUUGUCACCAGCGCUGAGGAGGUAAAGCGGGCAUUUAAUGAGAGUUGAGUGAAACCAGCAUCCUUAGAGAUUUAUUAGGUUCCAUGAUCUGAAUUAUCAUACAACAAGGCCUGGGACCCCAGUCUAAAACAGCCAUGUUCCCCCAGAAACAGUGUUGAUGCUCAGCGAUUAAGCAUGUUCGCAUUUUACUGCCAUCUUAAACGCAUUUACAGUAUUCAGAAUGCUGGUUUUGUUUCUGUAAAAUGCCUGUAAAAACAUGACUUUUAAGACAUGUGUUUCACUCAGUUCUUUCAUACAGUUUAUGACAGAAACAAGCAAUUUGGCUCAACAGAUGACGAUGGUUAAUGCUCCACCAAGCCACCUCCCGUGCUCUCCAUCAAACUGUAUCAGCAUAACCUUCAGUUUCUUUAGUCCUCUUAUGUUUAUCCAGCUUCUCCAUGAUUUUGCUGUUCAGCUCAUCUACUGCUCAUGGUAACAGGUUUCACACACACUUGCCAGUUUUUUUUUUAGGUAAAUACCCUUCUUUGUGAAUUCCCCCUGUUGGAUUCAUUUGAUCCGAUAUUUAUUCACAACUCAAGACCUUGCCAAUGACUGGACCCCCGAGCAGCAUGGAACCGUUUCAAUGGCAUUAUGUUUUCAGAGGGCAUCAUUACAAGUGUGUGUGCAUGACGGCUCAAGGUCACCAUUUUGUCAGCCUUCUGCAUUUGGCAACGUAGAACCCAAAGAUGAACACCUUGCUUUUAAGAAGGUAUUUUCCCUGUGCAAAUUAUGCUGGCAAUGAGCUGAUGAUAUGACCCGCUGACGUUGGCAAAACUUCCACCUUCAUUUUCUUUUUAAACAUUUUCUUUAAAAAUACAAACAAAGUGUUGGUUUGUACUUGGCACAGGGGAAGUCCUGAAGCUGAAACAGAUGGUUCGGAAUAGCCCACAUGUUUAUCUGGAAAGUUCUGUUGCUGUUCAGUUUUGAAUGUCAUGCUUAAUACCACUUGAAAGUAUUUUUCUUUGUGGUUUUCUUUCUCUGCUGUUGGACCAUAUGAAUGGAGAUGCAUUGACAUAGCCUCUCUGGUACAUUCAACCUCCCAUGUUGUGAAAUAUUCACUCCUGGUAAAGAUUCCAAGGUGGUCAGCAGAAGACAAAUCACCUCAAACUGUGGUGACAAAAGCUAAUCUGGAAGAUGAUGCUGGCACUGUGUCAUUUUUUUUUAAUACUUGUGACGACCUUUGCCCCCAUCAGAAAGGAAUUCAUUUGAGAGGAACCAGUGAUUCCACUGUACAGUUAUCAUGGAGCCAUUAUUCUACUUGUCAUAUCCUUCACCUUGGAGGACUAGACAAUCCUCAGCUGCCCACUUGUCCCUGAAAACUCCACAGAUGAUGCUUUGUGCUGAGGUGGGGAAGCGAUGAUGACAGGAGUGCAACCCAUUUCCGUUUUCCUCACCAUCUCCUCCACCUCCCCUCCUCACGACCCCAAAUGAAGACAGCACCUUCUCAAUUCUACAGCCACCUGGCAAAGAAGGUACCUAUGUCCCACACCAGAGACGGAGAAAGAACGCCAUCAAUUCUCAAACUCAUCGGUUUUCAAACUGAAGAUGACAAUUUUGUCAUGGCUCUCUUCUUUCCUGUGACUAUCUUCAGUGCUCUUCAUAUCAGUAACACCCUGUAACUUUGGUGAGUCCGUAUACAAUACUAAUUUCUUCUGCUCUUUUUCUAACAUUGAAAGCUUCUCUCCUAAUUUUAGUUUUUCACUGACUGUUGUCCUCUGAUACAGUUAACAAGCCCAAGGAGUCUCUAACUAAGCGUUUCCAUUGUUUAUGCUCAAUCUGUGAAGGGUUUUAGCUGAAAUGAAGGAAAUCUCAAAGUGCCUACCUUUCCAAUUGUCUGAGUCUGUUGUUGUCCAUGUCGACAGUGAACUGUUCUGCCGGCUGUGACAAAACAGGCUAAACUAUAAAGCCUCUGAACAAUGUUAAUCCAGUCAGACUUUAAAGACUGAAACCGCUAUUGAAGUGUCCUGUGUAGCCAGUCUUGGCUAAACACCAUUUUUUUUUGCUGCAUGAGUCAAGUUAUUGAUAAAGGAAUACAUGAAUAGUUUAAUAGUGUUUUCUAUUUGCAAUGGCAAUUGUAUGUUCUGUGUAGAUAACUUUCGAUUAAUCACAAACAAAUUUGCACACUGAAAGAGGGGAGAGGCUAUGUUUAGUCACUUUUAUAUAUAAAAUGUAGUUCUGUGAUUUGUUUUUUUUCUCAAUUAUUAGUCACUAAGAGGAAAUCCAUAUUUUGUGAAUCCCUCUAAAAUAAUCAGCGACAUAUGUGUGUGUACACCAAAGUGAAGGCUGUUCAGUUUAUAGAAGCUAAACUGAAAGAAUAUUCUGUACAAAACACUGGAAGAAUACUCAUUUUAUCUCAAGUUUGAGGAGGUGCCAUGCUAACGUUGUGUAAACUAACCAAGGUCCAAUGUCUGUCGAAUGGACAAAGCUGUUUGAUUGCCAGCUUAAGUUGAAGGCCAAGGAAAACUCAGUGCCUUGAAUGAUGAUUUAUCUGUAAAUAUAGAAGAGAUGUUUAUUUUCAGUGUGGGCGAGAUGUGGGCUUGAUUACCUUUUUAUGAUUUUCAUUUAAAAUGAUAUUGUUUAUGAUAAGCUUUAACAAAAGGGAA